AUGACUUCCCAUCCAUUUGACCCUAUCCGUCCCAAUGAGGUCAGCCUCGCGGCGGAAAUUCUCCAGGCAUCGUUUCCAGGGGUAUCUCUGCGGUUCAAAGUGAUCGAUAUUCAAGAACCUAUCAAGCGAGAUGUCGUGCCGUACCUUGAGGCAGAGCGACUGGGCACUCCUCUGCCCGCGAAGCCAGCUCGGAUCAUUCAAUCACUAUUCCACAGACUUGAUACCAAAGCCUUCCUAAAGGCCCUCAUCAAUUUGGACACGAAGACGGUAAUCUCGGCGAAGGAAUUGCCCAAACAUGUACAGGGACCUGGCGACAUCGAUGAGGUAAUCGAAAUCGAGCAACUCUGCCUCAAACAUCCCGCAGUCCUCGCUGAAAUUGAAAAGCUGAAACUUCCAUCUGGCGUCACCGUUCUCAAUGAUCCCUGGAUCUACGGCUGUGACGAUGAAAACGAGACCAGAAGGUUGUUCCAGUGCUACAUGUACAUGGCGGAAACAAACCACGCACAGGCAAAUCACUAUUCACUGCCACUCCCCUUUUCUCCAGUUUUCGAUUGUCUCACCCAUGAACUUGUGCGCAUGGACUACCUCCCAACCGGAACGGACCAUUCGACCACCGAAACCAGUCCGUGGAAGCCGGUCAAAGCGGUUGAAUAUGCCCACGACCUGCUGGAUGAGCCGCUGAGAACGGAUCUUAAACCAUACAUCGUGCAGCAACCAGAGGGCGCUUCUUUUUCUGUCAAUGGCAAUGCUGUCCACUGGCAAAAGUGGGAUUUCAGAAUUGGCUUCAAUUACCGCGAUGGCCUGGUCCUGUACGGUGUUACAUAUGAUAAACGCAGCGUCUUUUACCGUCUUUCUGUAUGCGAAAUGACUGUUCCAUAUGGCGACCCUCGAGCUCCAUACCACCGCAAACAAGCAUUCGAUGCCGGUGACAUCGGGUUCGGAAUCACAGCCAACACACUCUCCCUAGGCUGCGACUGUCUAGGCCACAUAAAAUACUUCAACGGUUGUCGAACCGACUCCAAAGGAAACCCCGUCACCCUCGAGAACAUAAUCUGUAUGCACGAACAGGACGCCGGGCUUCAAUACAAACACACCAAUUAUCGCACCGCGGAAGCCACCGUUGUUAGAAAGCGCCAGCUUGUCGUGCAGGUUAUCUGCACCGUCUCCAACUACGAAUAUAUCUUCGCCUGGAUCUUCGAUCAAGCAGGAAGCAUCGAGCUGGAAGUCCGCGCAACCGGCAUUCUUUCCACCAUGCCAAUUAACAAUGAGGACGGCGCCACCGUGCCGUGGGGCACCAAUGUUGGACCCGGCGUCAUGGCGGCGUUCCAUCAGCAUAUCUUCUCCAUGCGCGUUGACCCGUCCAUUGAUGGACAUAAUAACACCGUGAUAUAUCAAGACAGCGUGCCAAUGCCAGAUGACCCUGUGGCCAACCCAUACGGCGUUGGAUAUGUAACAGAAACGACUGUGCUGAAAAGGUCCGGGACAGCCGAUACUAACGUUGAGAAGUACCGGGUCUUCAAGAUCCGCAACGAUAGCGUCAUCAACACAAUCUCGCGCAAGCCGGUAGCUUACACGCUGCAGACUCUGCCUAGCCAGAUGAUGUUGAUGAGUCCUCGCAGUUUCAAUCGGAGGCGUGCACAGUUCGCGACCAAGCCGAUCUGGGUGACCAAAUACCAAGAUGGAGAACUCCAUGCUGCUGGCGAGUUCACAAACCAAAGCAAGAAGAGCUCUGGUGUUGAAGAAUGGGUGGGAAGGAAUGAUAAUAUUGAAAACACUGAUGUCGUAUUAUGGCAUACAUUCGGCCUUACACACAAUCCACGUCCUGAGGACUUCCCCAUCAUGCCUGUCGAAAGGAUAAGCAUCAUGCUCAAACCGGAUGGGUUUUUCGAGAAGAACCCCGCUCUCGACGUCCCUCCUUCCAAUCAAGCUUUUAAUCGUUCUCAACUGCAUGAGGACGGGGGAAAUCGCGGAACCCUGGCAGCAUCUUGCCGUUGCCCUCCAGAAACAGCUAAAUCGUAA